AAGGACAGGCUGCCUCGGAGGAUGCAAGAUGUUCAGGGCACCUUCUUCUACCACUCAAAUUUCAGGCUGGGAGCCGAUGGAGGCCUCGAAGGUGAGAGACAACUUUUGGUUGAGGAGCAGAAGUUAUGCAGAUCCCGGGCUCGCAAGUUCUCCCUGGACACCAACCGACGCAGGAGGGCUCUGGAGGAAAGACAGAAGCAGCGGGACGUGCAGGAGCAACAGCUGAUAGAGAACAUCCUGAAGCAACGCAGGCAGCGAGUACAGGAUGCAACUGAGCGCUUCCAAAGAGCCCAUUUACCUCCUUCUCAGAGACGCAGACAAUCUUUUAGAAGAAAUGUCCCAAAUAUUGAAGAUGCGCUCAAUCAAAUUCAAGGCUCCUCGAGUUCAUUCACCCAGCAGUCCUCUUUCUUGUCCAGCAACUAUAACAUUAUCAGAAGCUCUACUCCCUCGCCUAAGCCGCCCACGGUUUCUAAAUCUUCCCACCGCCAGGCACUUUCUGCUGUGGAGGCCUACAGUAAACUGCUCCAGGAGCAGAGCAUGACUUGCUUUAAGAGCAGUCAACAAACUGAAAAGACACAAGAGAAGCAACACGAUCACAGUCCUCAGGACAGCCAGCUGUCAGAUUGCUGCAAUUCCGAAAGCCUUUCAAGUAAGGACAGUUUACAGAAUGAGGACCACAACCACAGCACAAAAAAUCUCCAGUAUUCCUAUUCGUCAUUCUUGUUUGACUCAGAGAAGCCCCAUCCAGGACUGAGAAAGCAAAAUGAUUUGUGUCCACCAUCAGACCUAACUUCUUUCUCAGCCACGGUGCUUCUUGGUGAUAACUUAGCCCAAUCAAGAAAACUGCACGAACCUAAGCAGAAAAAACAAGCGGACUCUGAAGGGCCUGACAAUAAUAUACACGUUUCCAAAGCUUCAUGGGGGUUCACUCCCAAAACAGAGACUCAGCCCGCUCUGCACAACUGCAACUCAUUCACUCCUUGUGAAAUUGUUAGUGCAGGCCAAGAGCACUUUGAGGUAAACUCACAAAACAGUCCCAGUGACAACGUCAUCGCUACAAACAGAGUUGCCCCCGGCAACACAGCACUUGAUUCUUCAUGUCCUAAACAGGAGGCUCUGUUAGGACUCAGGCAGAAGGGGGUCCAUGAUGACAGACAAUUAAAACAUCCGUCAGCAACAGAAAUUCUUUUGCCUGCUCAAAAUGGCAACAGCAAAGACAUUUUGUUCUGGCCUCCUCCAAAGCCCAAUAUUUUCUUGAACGAUAGCGCAACAGAUAAUGCAUCACGAGAGGGAACUCUUCAGCAAACAGGAAAAGAAACGUACAAUCUGUCAUCACAGAAAGAGCCUAGUGCUUCCAUAAACAACCUCAAUAAGGUUUCAAACCCAGACCCCAAAGUCGAGAAGCCCCUAAAUGCAGCAUCGUUGCAACACGGAUGCUUGUCGAACAUUCAGUCUGACACUCUUAAGUGCCUUAAGUGUCCUGAGGAGGAAGCUCAAAAUGUGCCUGUUUCUGUAAGGAAGUCUCAUUCGGUGUGUGAAGUACGAUUCAUUAAAGGAAUCCUCAAAAAGCCGUCCAAAUACAUGUCAGGAGAUACAGCGCGUGGGUUUGGUUCGGGACAUUUGAUUUUUGCAAAACAAGUAGCCUUAGCGAUCAGAGAUAGCGUUGAGUUGACAAGGACAAAAACUAAGGGUGUGGAGGGCAGCAACGCUGUCAAAAAGAAGCUGCGUUGGUUUGAUGAGGUACAUGUGGAGAAGGAGGCCAGAGAGAAGAACACAAUGAGACAGAUGAAAGGCAAGUCUUCCAAUCUUUGUCACUCCAAUAACAACUCAGAGGACCACCAGCUAAGUCUCACCACAGUCUCAGGGGCUUCCAAGCCUGGACCUUGCAUGACCCCUCCAGCCUCCACUGGUUAUCACUUUACAAAGCAAGCGUGGGCAGAUGUCGGGGUUCAAGUCAGCUUGCACCAAGAACGAGCAGACGAGGUCAAGGUGGUGCGGAGCAGCACCAGGACCGGUGGCCCCAAGGUCCCUCGGAGAGAGCGCUCUGCGAGAGCCGGAGCGGGUCCUGUUUCCUCGCGGACUAGAAAGGGCACUGUCAUACGACCUCAAUCUGCCACAGAGGUGAGUCAGAUUGCCAAAACCCAAGGGAAGAUCAUGGUGCCCCGCCCACCCCCAAGGAUGGAUUUAGAAAAGACGUCGGUCAUCGCUAAGGCUCCAUAUGGCGUGGAUCGGGCCAGUGUCAACUGUAAACAUGCUCUGGCUGAGCAGGCCCUGCACAAGGACGACUCGGAAGGCUUUUUCUCACCUCACACCCAGGACGUCAUGAGAACAGAUAGCACUGUUAUGUACACACCACUGCCACCCUCGUGCACCCACUCUGCCUCAAAGAGCAACACGAAGGGCACGCCCAGCUCAGGCCAUCAGGAGACUCAGGGCUGCAGCAGCAGAAGAAGAGGGAUGGUGUGCAAUGACAGGGGCCUCUGUUUGGGUUGCACUCCCACAGAUGAGGAGAUCUCACAGCUCUGGCACGGUGUCCGCAGUGCCUUAGCCACCAAGGAGGCAAAGAACAUGCUUCGCAGACAGGCCCUGGACAGCGGGCGAGCUGUGAGGAAACCCUGCGUGGAGCAGAGCAGACAGCCUCCUGGCUCGGGGAGCAGAAGGCUUCCUCCGCCCUCUCAGCCGACAAAACAGACCACGGAGCCAGUCAGACCGCUUUCCAGUACUUACAACAUGGCCUUUCCAUAUGAAGGUUUGAUGAGUGCGGCCCAGUUACACCUGGCCGGAGGACAUGCUGGGGGCCUGCUGGAUGAAACGGACAUUGUGGCUGCCGUGGAAACAGCCCAAACACAGAGGCCUGGCACAGUGCAGCAGCGCAGCCAGCAGCAGGGACUGACUGCCAUUUCCUUGGAAGAGCAGAAAAUCCUCCUCUCUCUGGACAGACUAAACCACCAGCUGUACUGUGUGCGUGAACACGUGGGGGGGGAUCCUGGCACGUGUGGCUUCGUACUUAUUGAUCCACCCUCUACAAGGGAAGUGAGAGUCUCAAACCAUCACAAGCAGCGUGCAUCCUCGGCAAACAGUCGCUCUCGGAACCAGAAGAAAUUCUGACUUGGGGCGCGUGUGGCCCACAGUGAUCAUCCCUCCCAUCAGUGCAUUCUGUAUUACCAACCACUUUAUUGUCCAGUAAAAUGAGUUUAGUCCCCUUUAAAACUAUAAACGCCUGCUAUCUUCAAGAUCUAAGCAAUCAGCAGCAGUGAACUAUAGAUGCAAUAAAUGCUCUCAGCAGAAUGGACUAAACUGAAUUUUUAAG